CUGGAGGAUCUGAAGCAGAUGUACAUGGCCCGGCUGCAGCAGGUGAUGCAGCAGGCGCAGCGCGGGCAGCGGGCACUGCAGUUGCAGCUCUACAAGGCGCAGCAGGAGAAGAAGCGGCUGCAGGAGGAGCUGAGCAUGCAGCAGUGCCAGUGCGAGGAGCCCAAGCUCCGGCAGCCCCAGGGGGAGCGCGUCAGCCCCAAGCUGGAGGAGACCAAAUGGGAGGUGUGCCAGAAGGCAGCAGAGAUCUCCCUACUGAAGCAGCAGCUCCGGGAUACCCAGGAGGAGAUGGCUCAGAAGCUGGGCGAGAUCUUCAGCCUGAAGACGCAGCUGCGGGAGGCCAAGGCGGAGGUUCAGGCCAGGGACUCCCAGCUGGCACAAUUGGCAGACUCCUUCCAGAGCCCCCCAGAGCCUGGCGCCUCGCUGCCGCUGGGUGACGACCCCAUGCCGGCGUGCCAGGACUUCCCCGGCUGCGAAACUGAUGACUCCAAGUGUCGGGGCCUUCACAGUGACACAGCGGAGCCCCUGGAGCGGCAGGUGGAGUGGCUGUGGGCAGAGCUGCUGCGGGAGCGGCGCCAGGGCCAGCUGCAGGCUGUGAACUUUGAGCUGGAGAGGAAAACCUGGCAGGAGGAGAAGGAGAAGGUGCUGCGGUACCAGCGGGAGCUCCAGGCCAGCUAUAUGGAGAUGUACCACCGGAGCCAGGUGCUGGAGCGGGAGCUGCGGCAGCUGCGGUCGGAGCCCAGGGACGUUGGGGCCGACUCGCCAUGGAUCGAGCGGGUGGAGUCCUCGAAGAUCUGAGCGGUGGGAUGCUGGCGGGACUGUGAAGGGGGAAGGUCUCUGGCUGCUGCAACGGGACGAUCUCAGGGUCUGCACGAGGACUGGCCACUUGGCGCUGCCCUGGGGUGAAGGACUGAUUGCGACAAGGGAGCUUUCCCUUCUUGCAGCUCUUCAGGCCCUUCUGGGGAGGUCUCUGGAGAUGGGGGGGUCACCUGUGCCAGGGUGGGGGUCUUGCAUGUGCCCUGUGCUCUGACUCCAGGAGCGUUUGCCCUGUGAUUCCUUCUGCCACGGGGGCAGAAACCAAGCGCCCUGUGAGACAUUCCCUGUCCCUCCUGCUCUGCCGCCCCAUUCCCUUCAACCCAGUAACUUAAUGUCUUGCUAAGGAGAGG